CAGACUUCGUGGCGUCAUCCUCACUCUUUGUCACUGAUCCCCCGCUCAGGAUGAUAACGAUAAUGAUGAUCACGACGAUGAUGAUGGUGACCGCAGGCGGCGUGACGACUUGUGUUACAGCAGAAUUAGCGAACCACGAGAAAGAGGAGAAAUAUGGGUUCCCGGAGCGAGUGCUAUGAACUUCGUCAGGUGCUGCAGCAGGAGGAACUGGCAACACUGGCCGUUAAGAUUAAAACCGAUUUGCCCUACUCUGCCUUUAUGCACAAUAAUCUUCUGAUUGCCAGCAGAGGUCACAACGAAGGCUUCCAGUUCGAAUUUUACGUGCCGAAUACGUAUCCAGACUCUCACAUCGUCAUUUGGAGCAGGACAACUGAUGUGUCUUGGUCUCUCAGUAUGCACUGCUCGGAGGGAGAGGUCCCCUUGCUGCUUAGGCUGGUGAAGGCUACGGGCUUCGCGUCCCUGGUGAAGGAGAAACCUUUGUGUCUAUGCCAUCUGUCGAGUUACCUGGUGGAUCCCGUGACCGGGGCGCUUCAACAGAUUCUCCGGAGACCCUUCGGGAAAUAUCCGAAUCCUACCUUCACGUACCUCAGGCAACAGACUUAUCCUUUGAGGUGCCCAGCGGGUAUGAAAGUGCAGAGGCUGGGCAGAGCGGGCGUCAGACACUUGCUGGAGCAGAGCAAAUUCAAGAAAAAGGAACCCGUCGACCUGUUCUACGCCUUGACCCGAAAUGCCCCAGCCCUGGGGGUGUUCCUCGACCCGAGCGUCAAGGAAGACCAGGUCAUCCUGCCAGAAGGAAUCGAUUUUGCGGACGAAAGGGCCAUGCCCAUUGCCUGGGUCGGUACCUACGAAUACGGUACCAUUGGCAUGUUAAUGACCGACGCAGGGUAUCGAAGGAGAGGGCUGGGUCGUCUCCUGACGGAGCUGCUCGGGCGACUGCUGUUGGCCGACGGGUACAUACCCCAUGCCAAUGUGGAGCCCCACAAUGAGAUUUCGCUGAGGAUGUUUGAGAAGUUGGAGGGCUGGGAAGAUACCCACUCUUGCACCUGGAUAUACUAGAAUAAGUCAAGGGCGUCUGCCACU